AUGGCAACAUCCCUCGCGCCAAUCGAGUCUCUCCCGAACGAGAUUUUAACCUCGAUUCUUUCCUCAUUCUCUUCAAGAUCCUUGCUUGCGUUUACUCCUACCUGUCAUCGAUUUCACAAUGUGAUCCUUCGACUUCUUCAAAGACGACUUCUGGAAGCCGCGUCACACAAAGAACACAGACUUAUACUAGAGUGCUACCAUCCAUCGGCGAAGUUUUACACCCCUUAUCUCUACUGCGAUUACAUUUCAACACCAGGUCUUGAUACCGAGCGCGAUUUUAGAUCUGCAAAUAGCGAGGCCACCGGCCAAUUGGGUAUAUUGUCAGAACUAUACUCUUACUUUCGCCCAUUGAAGCCUAUCGAUAACCGCCGUUCAGCGAGACCACAUCCGGCAGGCGGCUGGCCAAUACUGCCGCCCAUUGGGCUGGUUGACAAGCAUGAGGAUCUUGUGUGUCAGGACGUAUCGCUCGAAUCACACGAGUUGUUCAGUCAGUUGGUCACUACCACAAAUCUUGUGAAGCUAGGACCGAAACCUGGCGUCUUUAAGAGCUCGGCCACAAUUGGAGAAGGGCUGACCCGGGUAUGGAGGGAAUGGCUCUCAGAACGUGCAUCCUUCCCCUCUCGCAGUAAUCACGCUACGGUGCAAACAGACAACGAUUUGUUGUGGGCAGACUCAGGGAAUCAUGUUGGAUUACGAAUGAACGUGGUACCGACAAGUGAUGUUCGUGAGCCUAUCAUUUUGAACAGAGAUGAAGAUCCGCCCGUGAGUUACACAUUGCAAUAUGAAGAACUUGCAGUAAGGACAUCGCAAUUGCUCCUCAUGCUCGAAACCGCGCUAGAUCAGGAGUUGAAUCACUCAGGUAAAGCUGUUGUGAUAGGAUCUUGGGUCUCAUGA